AUGGAUGAGCAAGACUCGGCUGGCCCUGAAGCAGGAAGAGGCCAUGCCAGCCAAACUGGGAGCAGUGGGGGAUUCUGGGAAAACCCAGUGCAGAAGAUCCUGGGUGAGGAGGACACCCUCGGCUCAGAGGUGCAGAGUCAGCAGUUGAGGCAGUUCUGCUGCCAGGAGGCCAAAGGACCCCGAGAGGCUUGCAGCAGACUCUUCCACCUUGACCAUCAGUGGCUGAAGCCAGAAAGGCACACGAAAGCUGAGAUGCUGGACCUGGUGAUCUUGGAGCAGUUCCUGGCUGUCCUUCCCCCGGAGAUGGAGAGCUGGGUGAGGGAAUGCGGAGCGGAGACCAGUUCCCAGGCGGUGGCCCUGGCCGAAGGUUUCCUCCUGAGUCAGGCAGAGGAGAGAAAGCAGGUGAGAGAGACUUUCCUCUGGAUACUCCCAAGGGGCUCCAAACAGGACAGAGAACAUCCCAUAAUGCUCUGCUGAUGGCCCAUCCUUUUUCUGGGAAAGCAUCCAUGGAAUGAGAUCUUGCACCCUUCAAGUCUUUGUCAUUCUCUUUCUAAUAUUUCUCACCAUUCUCUGUUUUGAAUCCUUGUUUCUUUUUCAGGGAAAGGAUCUCUUUGCAGAAAUGGACCUGGAUUCCUGUGAGGCAGAGAGGCCUCCGUUGGACACCAGAGAGAGGCCACUGGGUAGGGAGGAAGGUGGUUUUCCCCCAUUUGGUCUCAUUCUGUUGGUUUUCCAACUCAUCUGUGGGUUCUUUUCAUCUUCUUUUGGGGGGAGACAGUUGGGAAGAAGGGUCCAGAGGAGGGGAGAUGUAUUUCUGCACAACUAACAUAUGAAAUGGGCACAAACGUCCAAAUGCUCUCAGCAGGUAAGGCUUUCUCAAAGGCCCAUCUGUAGUUAGAGAUGCCCUGUUUCACCUGUGAGAGAAGCAGGCACUCCUGGCGUCCUGCUUACCUUUUUUCUCUUGCAGGUGACAGAAGGAUGCCAGCAAGACCUCCUGAUCUGUCUUUUCAUGGGGGCAGAAGGGAAGCAGCGGCUGUGGAACCAGAUCAGGUCAGGGGAAGCUGCCUUCUUGGACAGAGGCUGAGGGAUGGAGCAAUGUCAUGGACUAGUUGGGCACAGAGGAAUGGUGGGAGGAAGCAGCCGGGGAACCAGGAAGGGAAGAUGGCUGAGAGCCCAAGAAGUGGAGGUAGAAGAAGGAUGGGUGGUCAGAGGGGCAAGAGGGAGAAGCCUGGGAAGAGGAGGUGUCAGAAGCUGAAGGGAUUACAGGGCUUAGUGAGCUGGGAGACUCUGUGGCAGAAUGCAGUGCAGAAUCAGAGGCAGAAGAGGAAGGAGGCGAGUGGGAGAGGAAGGUCGAGAGGCAGAGGUGAGUCAGGAUAAGUUAGAGCCACCGGUGGCUCCCUCUCCUUUUGCCAGAAGCCACCCUCCCUGCUUGUCUCUCAGAGCCAGGAGACCCGUGCAUUGCAGAAAUCUCUGCUAGAUAAUCCAAGACAGAUGGCCGUUCAAAAUAGGCUUAUUUUAUUUCUAGAUUGAUCACUGAAUGCUAAAAUUGGUUUCUAAGGGGUGGACAAAUGAGAACAAAUAGUGGCCUGGAUUCACCUAACCAGCCCCAUCUACUGCAAAAUGGGGCUUGCCCCCCAUUCCUCCGCCCUCCAUGCCCCCAUGACCCCUUGGUUUUUAACUGUAGGGCAUUGGGAGGAACUCCCAGAACAGCUCAGGAGGAGAGGAGAAAGUGGAUCCUUCCAUCAGGCAAACUGGAAUGCUUGCGUAGGCAGAAUGACCUGAAAAACACAGUGUGGAGUACCACCUAUUUGCACAAAGAUGAACACCCAUAAUUAAAACGCAGAAUAAAAUAAGCAUCCAUAUUUAUAAUGUGCAGCAAAGCAAUCCUAUUGAAACAACACCACAAUUAACAGGAAGAACACAACAGGGCAUUGUGUAGCAGAUCAUAUUUCUGUCUCAGAGGAGAACAUUUCCUGUUUCUUUUAGGGUCCAGUGUGCUUUGAAGAUGUCGUUGUUCGUUUCACGGAGGAGGAGUGGGCGUUGCUGGAUCCUGAGCAGAGAGCUCUGCAUAAGGAUGUAAUGGAGGAGAAUCGUGGGAUCGUGGCCUCUCUUGGUAAGGCUCCCUGUGGGAUCGUCAUAUCUGCCUGGAAAUUCAAAAAAUACCUCAAUGUGACCAACCUCAUAUAUUUUCACAGAGCUCAACAGCACCCCCUGUAACACCUGGGAACCUAACACCCCCACAAUAAAGAGUAAAUUACAGUUUUUUCUUUGAACAAUCUUCCUCAAAUUAUUCCUUUUUCUACCAUGAUUGUGUUAGGAUAUUGAUGUUCCUUUCCACCUAAACUGAUGUGUGGAGCUAUCGUCUGUCACAUUUCUGUUUACAUUUCUGUUUACAUGGGAACUUCCGUUUGUGUAUAGCUUUUGCCUCAUGCUUCCUGCUCUUAGACAUGAAGGAGAGCAGACAUGUUUUUCUUUGUCUUGAUCUAUGCUGAAUAUACUGCUUGUAAAUAUGCUUUACAUAUGCCUCUGUCCACCCUUCUUUUUUAAAAAAACACAUUUUAUUAGUUUUUACAAUAUCAACGACAAACAAAAAUAUAAAACAAACAAAACAUAACAGACAUAAAUCAUAACCUUAUUGAAAAUAACAGUUAUUUACUUUGUAAAACGACUUCCUCGUUUCCCCUUGGUUUAAUUUCAUUGCAUAUCCUUAUAACGGUUUUCCAAAUCCCAAUUUUAAUACCCUUUAAAUUAAACAUUAACAUCUUUAAAUCUUCUCCUUCUUGUAUUAAACAUAUUAUUUUAUCAGUUAACAUAAAUACAAUCCUAAGCCCAUUAAGUAUUUGGACGCUAUUUCCAGUUAUUUUAGCUUAACAAAUUUAGCUAAAUAAUCAUUAAAUUUCUUCCAUUCUUCGUGGUGAGUUCCUCCUCCUUCUGGUCGCGGACUCUUCCGGUUAGAUCGGCUAGCUCCAUAAAAUCCAUCAUCUUCAUCUGCCAUUCUUCUACUGUUGGUAAUUCUUGAGUUUUCCACUUUUUAGCUAACAAAAUACGAGCCGCAGGUGUUGCAUACAAAAACAGAUUAACAUCUUUCUUGGGCAAUUCUGAACCUGUUAUUCCAAGAAGAAAGGCCUCUGGUUUCUUUAUAAAUGUAUAUUUCAACAUUUUUUUCAAUUCAUUAUAAAUCUUUUCCCAGAAGUCUUUCACCUUGGAGCAGGUCCACCACAUAUGAAAGAAUGUUCCUUCCUUUUCUUUACAUUUCCAACAUGUAUUAUCACAAUUAUGAUACAUCUUUGCUAAUUUUACAGGAGUCAAAUACCAUCUAUACAUCAUUUUCACAAUAUUUUCCUUUAACAAAGUACAUGCGGUGAACUUAACCCCUUUCUUCCACAAUCUUUCCCAGUCCUCAAACAUUAUGUUAUGUCCUAAAUCUCUUGCCCAAUCUAUCAUCACCGAUUUAACUUGUUCAUCUUUCGUAUGCCACUCCAGCAAAAGCUUGUACAUUUUAGAUAAGUUUUUACCUUCAGUAUCUAACAACUCCAUCUCCAACUUUUCCAAGGCAAAACCAUUUUUCUUAUCCAGUAUAUACAAUUCGUUAAUCUGGUGGUAAUGUAGCCAUUUUUGCUUAUCUUUAAUUUGCUCAAAUGGUCCUAAUUUAUAACCUUCCUCUUCCUCUAUUAAUAAGUCAUAAUAUCUCAACCAUUUGGUAUCCAUAUUUAAUUUUUUCUGGGCCUUUGCCUCCAUUGGUGAAAGCCAUCUGGGCGUCUUUCUUUCUAAAAGGUCUUUGUAUUUUAUCCAAACAUUAUACAACGAUUUCCGAAUUAUAUGAUUUUUAAAUGCUUUAUGGGCUUUUACUUUAUCAUACCACAAAUAUGCAUGCCAACCAAACACAUUAUCAAAUCCCUCCAAAUCUAGUAAAUCUGUAUCUUCUAAUUUCAUCCAUUCUUUAAUCCAACAAAGUGUGGCAUCUUCAAAAUAGAUUGUUAAGUCUGACAGAGAGAAUCCCCCUCUUUCUUUGGAAUCCGUAAGUAAUUUGUAUUUAAUUCUGGGUUUCCUCCCCUGCCACCCUUCUGUCACAGAGUUCAUUACUCUGCUGAUUAGAGGGUGCUCCAGCUUCUGAAGAGUUCUGAAGCUGCGGGUCGCUGUUUGAUGCUGUUCCGCGGACCGGAGUUUGCCCGGUUACCGGCCGGUGGGCUGGAGCCAGCUGGGAGCCUGCCAAAUGCCCCCGUUUCCCUUGGACGCAUCCCAAGAGAUUGGGCUGGUCUGAACUUCCCAGGCCAUCUUCACUGUCAGCUUCAGAAUUGUUAGGAAAGCUAAGUAGCUUCAGGUUUUUGUUUUUGCUCCUGUCAGUCUUGGGUUGACCAAAGAGACGACUGGCAGCGAAGCUCAGGUGCUGCCAGCCAGAGAAGAAGCAGGCCUAGGGAGAGGAGAGUUAGCAGCGGAAGGCAGAGAGGAGGGGGAGAGGAACUGUCAUCUGAGCUCUGAACAAGGGGGAGAAGAAAAAGAGAGACAGAGUGACAGGCAGCUGUGUGAGAGCUACAGAAGUGAGUCAGACGCUGGAAUGCAGGAAGCAUUCUCUGCCUAAUUUCGUAGCAUCUGAAAAGUGGUCCAGCACAAAAGAUACUGGAAGAGAAGGUGGGGGCUUCCGUGCUGGGGAAGGGGGAGGAGCUCAGUCUGGGCAACUCCAUCUUGUGGGGAGGACGAUGAGUAGAGGAGCUGCGUCCACGUUUGUUGUUUUAGCAAUAAAUCUGAAAUUACCGUAUUUUUUGCACCAUAACACUCACUUUUUUCCUCCUAGAAAGUAAGGGGAAAUGUCUGUGCGUGUUAUGGAGGGAAUGCCUACGGGUGGCAUGCCUACGGAUUUUCCUCCUCUAAAAGCUAUGUGCGUGUUAUGUUUGGGUGCGUGUUAUAGAGUGAAAGAUACGGUAUUAACAGCCAGAGUCAUCUCAUGUUUGUGGGAGAGACCAAGCCAUAACAAGGACUGACAUUGGGGAUGGAGGGAGUGCCAUGAUUGGGCCAAACAAAAUCCAUCCCAGAGAAGAGCUAGGCUUAUGGAAUCUCAGGUAGUAGUAGCAGUGAAGAUGAUGAUGAUGAUUAUGAUACAGUGGUACCUUGGUUUACAAACUUAAUCUUUUCCGGAACAGAACUGUUCUUAAAUCGAGGUACCACUGUAGUAAUAAUAAUAAUAAUUUUUAUUUCUACCCUGCCCAUCUGGCUGGGUUGCCCCAGCCACUCUGGGUGGCUUCCAACACAUAUAUAAUCAUGAAACAUAAAUAGUAAUAAUAUGAUUCCAUAUAAAAAGAACAUUAACUUUAAAAUGAACAACUUUUACUAGUGGCCAAAAUUGUGGAAACCUUUUGUGAAAAGUGUAUUUCUGAGGUUUGAUGGCUCAUAACACCACUUUUGUGUGGAGUAAUACCAUAAAAUUAUAGAGCAAUGGGAAGAUAAUUUAAUGAAGAAUGUAAUGCAAUGACUUUAAUGAAGGAGUAUUUAUUAGAACAGCAUUCAUAAAGAAAAAACUUGAAACCUUUGGUAACCAUUGGUAACCUUUAGCUUUCAUUACGGCCUUACAAAGCCUUCCCAUGAAGUGAACCAAGUUUUUAGUUCUGCAGCUGUAAGAAUGUCAAACCGAGACUGAAUUAUUGCCUCUGUUAAUUGAGAUUUAUUACUGGGUUACUUCUGACUAAGAAGUUUCUUUAGUCGGCUCCAUAGAUUUCCGAUUGGGUUAAAGUGUGGGCUAUUCCCAGGACAUUCUGGCAGUGGAAUAGGAUUAUCUUGAAAGCACCAUUUGCACACAGCAGCAACAUGACAUGGAGCUGAAUCCUGUUGAAAUAGAAAAUAAAUAUAUAAAUAAAUGCUUCAGUAUCUGGGAAAAGAUCACCUGCUGAAUGCUUCAGUUUGGGCUAAAGUAUUUCAUUUAUGUAUUUUGGGGCAUUUACAUGCCUAUUAAUGAUGCAAAUUCUGCCCACACCUUUUGCUGCCAUACAACCCCAGAUCAUCACACUAUCUGGGUGUUUCACGGUCGGUGCAAUGCAAGUCGGAUGUAAAUCUUCUCUGAUUCUUCUUUCAUGCCGUCACUACCAAGCAAGGAGAUUUGGGUCUCAUCAUUCGAAAUAACACUGUCCCAUUGUUCCUCUGUCCAGUUAACAAGGGUUUAAUCUUUUCAACCUUUGCUUCAGAGAUAACAAUGGCUUUUUCCUUUGAAUUCUAGCCUUAGACCAGUCCUUGCGCUCAACUUCACAUUACAUGGCUCCAUGUCAUCUUGUAUACACCCAGAUGAUAUUUUUCUGUCAUGUAGGGACAGUCUCUAUUCUUCGAUCGUCACUUGCCUUUCUGCACCUUUUCCUGACUUUACCACUCUGAUUUUGUAGUGACUGAGUCUCCUUAUACCUCUUCAAAAAUAUAGAAAGGCCAGCUUUGGUUAUGUUUCACCCAAUCUCACUUCUAAUUUCUUCAUAACUGUAGCCUUGUUCACUUAAUAGUACUAUUUUAUAUCGCUUUCUGGGUGACCCAUCAACUUUUUGUGCCAUUUCUAUAAUUUUAUUAUGUUUUGCAACCUCACUAAAUGAAAGAACCCAAAAAAACCAACCAACUUGUUAGCAAUCACAUAACACACUGACAAAAGUCAACCUAAGCAAGAUGUGCUUCCUUUUUCUGGUUAUUUGGCUACAAUGUUUGAUAGAAUACGGAUAAUUAAACAAACUUUGUUGAACUGCAUUCUUGAUUAAAUUAUAUUUCCGUUGAUAUAUAAUUUUAUAAUAUUACUCCAAAAGAAGUGGACUUUUGAGCCAUCAAACCUCUGAAAUACACUUUUCUCCAAAAGGCUUCCGCAAUUUUGACCAGUACAGUAUAUCAAACAAAGCAACAUUCAACAACACAUCAGAAUCUCAUAAUAAAUAUGUUGGUUAAUGACAAACAAUACAGGUAAUGAACAUCCCCCCAAUUCCCUUCAGUUCUUAUCCAUUUGUUCCUGAGGCUCUAAUCCCUUUUGUCUCCAUUGCAGAUUGUGAUGAAUCAGAAAUCGAGAACAUAGGUGACCACGAUAAAAUCCCCAGAGAGGAGAAGCCACGUAAAAAUUUAGAGUGUGGAGAAAGCUGCAGUCAGAGCUCCCAUUACACGUCCCAUCAACAAAAUCUCAUUGGAAAUAAACUCUAUCAGUGCACGGAAUGUGGAAAAAGUUUCAGUCAGAGCUCCCAUCUCACUUCCCAUCAAAAAACUCAUACAGGGAAGAAACCCUAUCAGUGUGUGGAAUGUGGAAAGAGCUUCAAGAAAAGCUCCAGUCUCACUUCCCAUCAAAGAAUUCAUAUAGGGGAGAAAUCCUAUCAGUGCAUGAAAUGUGGAAAGAGCUUCAAUCACACCCGUGAUCUCACUUCCCAUCAAAGAAUUCAUACAGGGGAGAAACCCUAUCAGUGUGUGGAAUGUGAAAAGUGCUUCAUGAAGAGCUCCCAUCUCACUUCCCAUCAAAGAAUUCAUACAGGGGAGAAACCUUAUCAGUGUGUGGAAUGUGGAAAGAGCUUCAAUGAUAGCUCCUCUCUCACUUCCCAUCAAAGAAUUCAUACAGGGGAGAAACCCUAUCAGUGUGUGCAAUGUGGAAAGAGCUUCAGGAAGAACUCCCAUCUCACUUCCCAUCAAAGAAUUCAUACAGGGGAGAAACCCUAUCAGUGUGUGGAAUGUGGAAAGAGCUUCAAUCAGACCCGUGAUCUCACUUCCCAUCAAAGAAUUCAUACCGGGGAGAAACCCUAUCAGUGUGUGGAAUGUGGAAAGAGCUUCAGUCAGAGCUCCCAUCUCACUUCCCAUCAAAAAAUUCAUACAGGGGAGAAACCCUAUCAGUGUUUAGAAUGUGGAAACAGCUUCAGGAAGAGCUGCGGUCUCGCUUGCCAUCAAAGAAUUCAUACAGGGGAGAAACCCUAUCAGUGUGUGGAAUGUGGAAAGAGCUUCAGUCAGAGCUCCGAUCUCACUUACCAUAAGCGAAUUCAUACAGGGGAGAAACCCUAUCAGUGUGUGGAAUGUGGAAAGUGCUUCAUGAAGAGCUCCCAUCUCACUUCCCAUCAAAGAAUUCAUACAGGGGAAAAACCUUAUCAGUGUGUGGAAUGUGGAAAGAGCUUCAAUGAUAGCUCCUCUCUCAUUUCCCAUCAAAGAAUUCAUACAGGGGAGAAACCCUAUCGGUGUGUGGAAUGUGGAAAGAGCUUCAGGAAGAACUCCCAUCUCACUUCCCAUCAAAAAAUUCAUACAGGGGAGAAACCCUAUCAGUGUUUAG